AACGCGCAAGAAUUACAGAUAAAAUGGCGGCAUCUCGAAGGGUAGGAUCACAGCAGUAGACAGACAGACUUUCUGUAGAACCGUAGCGCGCAAGAAAUCACUCAUCAGCUCCGGUCGCGACUGUCCGUGAGUGCACGUCUAGCGAUGAGUCAGCAGCUGCGCUACAUCGUGGAGCGGCUGAACGCCCCUCCCUUCUCCCGCCGCUACAACCUCGUCUCAUUCGACUCCCUGGAGCCGCUGGCUCUGCUCCAAGUCCUGAACGAUGUCUUAGCCGAGAUCAGCCCAGAGCACAAGAUGGACCUCCGGGAAGAACCGCCCGAUCAGACGGCGCUGCGCAUCUUUUCCCUCCUUCGGAUCCUCAAGUACAGACCUAAAGCGGACGAGGGCGGCGGUCUGAACGCCUUCCGACACGGUCUCCUUGACGGCGAGAAAGCUACCAUCUACCCUCUCCUGCAGUGGCUGUUAGAGAAAACCAGCGAACUCAAAAAGAGGGCGUAUCUAGCCAAGUUUCUGGUGAAAAUCGAAGUCCCGGCAGAGUUUUUGCAAGAGGAAGCGGCAAUUGAAAUGCACACGACCUACCAGGAGCUAGUGGAGCAGUUCAAAGAGCUCCAUAAGACAGUAGAGCAACAAAGGUCGUCGCAGUUCAACGUUGCUGACGUUCGUAAGGACAUCAGCUCAAUGGAGGAGGAGAAGGAGCUGUUGAUGAAGAGAAUUGAGCGUCUGAAGAGGAAAGCAGCAGCCAUGCCCAUGCAGACUGAGAUGCUGGAAGCAGCCAAGAAACUGCGACAGGAAAAAGAUAGAGAGUUGUCACUGGGAGAGCAGCGUAUAGAGCAGAAGAAUCAGCUACUCCACGCCAAGCAGAGAGUGUCACGACUGCAGGAUCAACUGGAGGAGACUCGGCAAUCGGCUCAGGGGCUCACCCCACAGGGCCUCGUUACCAAACUGGGCGAGGAGAACCACGUCAAGUCGAUCCUGGUCUGCGACACCCUCCCUCGCAGCAUCGAUGAGAAGAGGAGAGAGUGCAUCGACCUGGAGAGGGUGGUGACUGAACCAAUCACCAGCGACACUGAUCUUGACGACCUCCGAGAACUAAUCGAGCAGACCAAAGCUGAGCUUUCGGAGCUAAUGGAGAAGCACAUGCCAGGUAGCGAUCCAGUCCAGGACAAACUGACCCUCUUUCGCCAGCAGGCAGCCAUCAUCUCUCGCAAGAAACAGGCCGAGGCCGAGAGCUAUAAGGCAGCUCUGGACGAAUUGGCAAGUGUUGAAGCAGAACUGAAGGAAAGAGAGGCGCAGAUGAGUGCACAGAUGAAGGGGCGGGGAGAAGUGGUGAGGGAGGAAGAGUUUAAGAGAAUGGUGGGCAAACUUCGACCGAUGCACAAGACCUACCAGAAGAAAAAGGGAGAGUUGUCUCUACUGAAAGCCGAGUCGGGUGUCCUGGCAAGGACUGAGGAGAUUCUGAGGUCUCGCGAUGAGAACGUGCAGGAACUAGUGGCUGUUCUAGAGGAGAAGAAAGGAGUGAGGGGCUACGUUCAGGCACAGGAGACUCUGGAGCAAGUUUCCGCCGCAAAGAGCGAACUGGACGAACGCAAAGAAGCCAAGUUGAGGGAAAUGACGCAGACGAUAGAAGAGUUGAACGAGGUCAUCAGAUCAAAGAAAGCAUCACUUGCGCCACUCCUGAAAGAGAUUCGUCCGCUCAGACAACAGCAUAAGGAUCUCCAGGCGCAGCACGCGGAAAAGAAAGUCACCUACGAUGCCGUCUACAUCGGAUUGGAGGUCAAACGCUUGCAACUCGAGACAGAGGUGCGUCAACUCUGGGAGGAAAAGACGACGCACGAGAGCCAGUACCACUACCUACAGGCACUCAAACAGAGCGUCGAGCUCCAGCAGCAAAAGGUGGCUGCAGAGAUGAAGAGCUACACGACGGCCGGAAAGACUGCAGCUUCGGGGGACAAAUCCAGGAAAUCUCUACGCGACCAGUACACCCGCAAGAUCCUGGAGCAGGAGAAUCUGGGUCGGGCACUGAGAGACAAACAGAAGGACGUCCGGGCAAAUCACGAGCACAACCUGAGACAGGUGAAGAUGUGGGGGGAGCUGCGGAGUCUUCUGGAAGCCAAGAGGGAGAGCUACAAGACACAGGCCAGGGAGAAGGCAGAGGAGAGAGCCGCCCAGCAAGCCAUGAUCGAGAACACCGACAGACUUGUCAUUACCUGA